UUUUUUAAUUUUAUUUUUAUUGACCAACAUGGGGUCCACUGAGGAUUAUUCAGUGGAUUACUCUGACUACUAUGACAGCAAUUUCACCACCGAAGAAACCUUUCAGGCAAACCCCACCCCCACAGUGCAGCUCGUUCAGUUCCUCGCCGUCAUCAUCUACAGUGUAACCUGCCUCCUGGGCUUAGUGGGCAAUGGCUUGGUCAUCACCAUGAUCAUCUUCGAGAUGAAGAAGUCAGUCAGCAUCAUCUGGUUCCUCAACCUGGCCGCUGCCGACUUCCUCUUCAAUGUCUUUCUGCCCUUGAACAUCGCCUACACUGCCCUGGGCUACCACUGGCUCUUUGGCCGAGGCAUGUGCAAGGUCAACUCCUUGCUCCUCAACCUCAACAUGUACACAAGCGUCUUCUUGCUGACCAUCAUCAGCUUAGACCGCUACAUCUUGGUGGUCUGCCCCGUCUGGUCCCAAAACCACCGCAACACCAAGAGUGCCUGGUUGGCCUGCCUCGCCAUUUGGGCCCUUGGCUUUGUGAUGAGCUCCCCAUCCCUGGUUUUCCGUGACAUCGGCCUUGUGCGUGACCACCUCAUUUGCUUCAACAACUUCUCUAUGUCCUCGUCCCCAUUGGACCGUCCCCUGGGCGAUCAGGUCCACAUGGCGGUCACCCUCACCCGCUUCGUGGUGGGCUUUGUCCUGCCGCUGAGCGUCAUCACCGUGUGUUACGUUGUCAUCAUUGUCCGGCUGAAACGGAACCGCCUGGCCAAGUCCAAGAAGCCCAUGAAGAUCAUCAUUGCCAUCAUCCUGACCUUCUUCCUGUGCUGGUGCCCUUACCAUGUGCUCCAACUCCUGGAAACCCAGCACCACUCCAUCCCAGAGUCUGUCCUCAAGUUUGGGCUCCCCAUCGUCACGGCUGUUGCGGCCUCCAAUAGUUGCAUGAACCCAGUCCUGUAUGUCUUUUUGGGCCAAGAUUUCCAAAAAUUCAAGAUGACUGUCCUGUCCCGGCUGGCCAGUGCACUGAGCGAGGACACGGUUCACUCCAUGAUCCCCCGUCGGAGCUUCACCAAACCCUCCUCCAUGACAGAAAAGGAAACCAUUUUAUCCUGAGCUCUGGGACACAUGCAAAUAAUCCCCUAAUUGUUUUCAAGUGCACCUGACAACCCAUGAGGCCUAGGAACUUAACUUCUAAGAAUGAAUCUGCCUUGGAGUCUGGUGGAGCCUCCUUCUCUGGAGGGUUUUAAGCAGAGGCAAAAUGGCCACCUGUCAGGAGGGCUUUGAUUGUGUCUUCCUGUCUGGCAAACGGGUGGGACUAGAUGGCCUGGGGGUCCCUUCCGACUCUAUAAUUCUAUGAUUCUAUGAAAGCUCCUGUUUUUAAGUUUCUAAGCCAAUUGUUUGAGCUGACUUUAUUCCACAUGGACAGGCAGACAGGACACAACCAGCCCCGGGUUUCCUAACAUAUAUAUUUUAUUGGCCAUUUUUACUUUUGACUUAUCUAGCAAAUCGACCCAAAGAUGUGCCCAUGUGUCUGAAUGCUCAUGCAGUUCUGCACCAGAAAUCACACUCCGGCGACUCAUCCUUUCAUAUAGCCUGUCAAUUUCUUGCUCUUUUUGUUGUCUUUUUUUGGGCAGGAGAUUCCAUGGUCCAUGGAUAAACCUUUUCUAUAUAAAGUGGGCCAAGGCAUUCUGUCGUUCCGAUUUCACAAGCAGUUCAUUUGAGAGAGAGCUCAUGGAGUUUGUUCUCCCUUUCCA